AUGCCGGCAGCACAUAAAGAGAUCUGUCCAGGAUGUCAACAUCCAAUCGAAGAUAGAUUUUUGAUGAAACUUAUGGACUGUUAUUGGCAUGAACAAUGUGUACGCUGUUGUGUGUGUCAGAUGGCUCUUACGAAUUCAUGCUUUUCAAGAAAUCGAAAGCUCUAUUGUAAAGUUGAUUACCAAAAAUUAUUUCGUGGAACGUGCAAUGGGUGUGGAUUGCACAUUUCUCCAAAUGAACUUGUAAUGAGAGCUCAAGGAUACGUUUAUCAUCUACAGUGCUUUGUUUGUAUAGAAUGUGGUCAGCCGUUACAAAGGGGAGAUUACUUUGUCAUUCGAGAUGGCCAGCUCUUUUGUCGUCUGGACUUUGAAAAAGAAUUCCAUAUGUAUUCCAUGAGUCCGAAAAGUGACGAUAGUGAUGAUUACGAUGACGGGGAAAGCGAUGGAGGUAAACACCCAAAAAGACCACGGACUAUUCUUACAACGAGUCAAAGACGAAAGUUUAAAUCAGCUUUUGAGAUGAACCCCAAACCUUGUCGAAAAGUGAGGGAACAGCUAGCGGCAGAGACCGGUUUAAGUGUACGUGUUGUUCAAGUGUGGUUUCAAAAUCAACGUGCUAAGGUAAAAAAGAUCGCGAGAAGACAAAGCCAAGACGGCAAUAGUGGUAAAGGCAAUAAGAAUAAAAAUGGCGAUUCAAAGAAAGAAAAAUCUGACGGAUACAAAAGUGAUGAUAGUGAUCCAGACAGUAAUGGUCGACUGUGUGACGUUGAUUCCAUAGUAUCCAUGAGUUCAGACAAACAUCACCAUGGUAACGCAGAACAAAUAUCACCAUUGCCUGCCAGCGAAUAUCAGGAAUCAAGAUUUGAUGAUAUGGACGAUUCAAGGAGUGUACGACAAGCAAUGGAGGACAAUAUUAAUUGCAUCGAUCAAAUGUUCAUGACCGAUUCCCACGGACAUUCGGCUAUGGAUACAGGCAAUGUCUUAAAUCCUAUUGACAAACUUUAUUCAAUGCAAAACUCUUAUUUUAGUGUUGAAUAAUGACUAACUGUGAUAAGAUAUAUAUUUGUGUGUUUUGUAAAAGAAGAGAUACUAGUAAUUGACUUCCGGGUUAAAUAUUAAAAAAAAACAGAUUCUAUAGAUUUUUAUAGAAAUGGGGGCAUUUAUUCAGUUAAAAGCAAUAUAUAAUGAUCUUGAUAUUAAUGUGCAAUCAUGUGAUAUAUUCUGUCUCAAAAGAGGUUAUUUUUAAUUCGUACAUGAACAGAAAUCCUGUAUUAUACCGUAAUGUAUGUAUAUACAAGUCUAAAGAUGUGUGCAACUAUACUGAUAAAAAAAUAUACGAAUGAGACGAAAUAAUAUCGUUUUGGAAGACAAAUAUUUCGGCACUGCAAGUGGCCUUCGUCAAUGUCGAGCUUUUUUCUUCAAAAUGAGAUAAAUUGAAUACUAUUUAUAUAUUUUACAAUUGUAGACCUAGACUUUUGUUUAAAAAAAAAUCAGCCAAUGAAAAACGUGCAGAUGAUAAUAAAUUUCAAAUCUUAUCAUAAAUGAUGUUCCUAAACCUGCUAGUUUCCCACAAUGUUUUUUUUCUUUAGAUUUUUAAUUUCAAAUUAAGGCGGAACUUGUUUAAGGGACAUAACUCUUUAAUCUCCUGGUACGUUUGUUUUAAUAGAUACAUAAUAAGCUUCCAUGUAACUAAUUAAUCCAAUUCUGCUUAAAAAGAAUUGGUGAAAGUGUCUAUUAUAAACUCAUGACUUGUUUAAAUAAUUAUCUUUAACCAAGGCCCACCUCUUUUAAUAUAUUUAAAAAAAAACAAUGCCUCUUUCAUUGAUUUUCUUUGCCAAUGUUUCAAUGCAGUACUACUUUUUUAUAUGUUUAACAGGCUGGUAUUCGUAGCUUUCUCACAAAAUAAGUCUGAACAGUAUAUAUAAUUGAUAUUUACAAGGGAAUUGAUUAUUCUGUUGCAAGUGAUAAAAAUAUUUAAUUUGUAGACUCCAGAGGUAUUUUGCCUAUUCUAGAGUUUUGAAUUUAUCCGUUUUCAUUAUAAUUGGAUGGAUUAAACAUUAAUGCGUUUCCUUUGGUUGCUGUUUUGAAAAAAAAGGGCAAAUUUUAUUUGGUUUAUUAGAAGCUAAGCUUUAAAGUUUUUCUAGCAUGUAAAUAUCAACUUAGGUCAUUUCAAUCAUAUCAAUCACAUAUGUACGUUAAAAGCUUUCCUAACAUUUGGCUAUUACCAAUCAUGAAGGUAGAUUCAGAUGUGAGCCUCUGACGUAGCGAAAAUGGCUUGUCUUUCUUCGAUAGAAUAAGAAAAAAUAACACAUUACUGCAUUUUCUAUUUAUGUUUUAGAAAAUAAAUUUUGCCCUCUUUUUAAUGCUGUUUCCGCCACUUUUUAAAUUACUACAUUGAAAGUUUAGUUUUGCGAAUGAAAAAAAUCAAUUUGCAUGAACAUUUUCCCAUUCCUAAAAGUUUAUUUUUACGCAUUUUAAUUUUGUUCAAUAUUGUACAUUCCAAUGUUCCCAUACACAUUACUCAAUAUUUGAGGUUUGUUUAUUUCGUUUUUGAAAGUUCAAAAUGCAUUUUGCUAUUUUCCUUUUUUUUAUAUUGUGAUUUGAUCAUGGUCGUUUGUAUAUUUGAUUUUUUGAAUUACUGAAAACUAGUUCCUUCAGAGUGUCAUGCUUUAUAUAAAAUGCUAAACUAAACUCUGUGAGUAAACUUAACAAAUAUACGUGGGAAUGCAACUAUAGCUUUGCUAAACACAGAGUUUAUACAAUUCAAAUAUUUUAUACUUUAGUGGUACGAGGAUCUGGAGGGGUAUACAUUAGACAAGAAUUCACAAGAUAUAUUUAGACGCGUCAACAAUGAGCUAACGAAUCAAUCUUGUUAUUCCCUAUAUUUGCUUUUCAUCAGCUCUGAUUUUUCUUUAGUAUUACAUUGAAUUUAAUCAAUGACUUAAUUUUGUAUAGUUUGUUUUAUUGUUUUGGAAAAUAAAAAUUAUAUUGUGCUUUAUUUAUUUUAUAUUGUUAUACAAAUGUUGUCACGAAAAUUUGAAUAAAGAAUUGAUAUUUUA